AUGUCUUCCAAACCUAAUAAUAAAUCGUCAUCCUACUUUGAAAAGCAACGAGAUGCUUUGGUUGCAGAAAUAUCAGUUUCCAUGGAUACUCUUUUGAAUAACGUCAACACCCUGAAUAGAUCGUUGGAAGGUGCUAUAGCUGUGGGGAAGGAAUUUGAUAACGUUGCGGCCAUAUGGAACAAUUUUUAUGACGGAAUGGACCAGACGGAUAGAUUGUUCCAAAAGAAUUCCAGAUUAUCACCCGAGCAAGAUUUUGAAACUCCACCAGUAGAUUCAUCAAGGUGA